GGUGGUGGUGGUGGCUCGUUCUGGGAUUGGCGAUGGGUGCAGCGACUUUUUCCCGUCUUCGGCGUCGAUCACCAGACUUCCCUUUGACGGACUGGUGCUCAUGCCUGGAUGCUGUGUCGUGGUGAUGCUCGCAGUGUCGCUACCUUUUCCGGGCCCGGACGACAUCCCAAAGCCAGGAGUUGUAGUCGGCAUCGGGGCUGGUGCAUUGGUGGGGAUGCUGCCGCUGAUCGAGACAAGCGAGCCGGCUGCGUCUGUGGCAGCAGCGGCACUGCUUGCAUUCGCUAUCGGCUUUGAUGGAUCGGAGUUGAGAGCCUGGUAGAUGUGGAAGAGAGGGACGUCGUCGCUCGGGCUGGGCGUAGCCGGUGAUUUGGUUGGCGACAGGCGGGGCAGGACAACAUCAGCGCCAUCCUUCUGCCCCUCUCGAAUCGCCAUGACCGACUGCUGGGCCAGCUUGAGA